AUGGGUCCUUUACAGCACAAAGUAAAAGCCCCAUCGACACUUAGGGUAACCUCUUUUAACUUUGGUUAUACUUGUGUGAUGGACUUGAGCGUGAUAGGUAUGUUAUAUCGGAUAAAGCAAAAUCAUCAUGGGCACAAAAAGAGAUGGCCCUCAUCGACACCACAUUCACUAGCUUGCACUGAACUAUGCCACCAUUCUAUUAAUUUCGUUAGCUCAUCAAGAUGUUUGAUCAAUGAUGUCGAGGAGCUAGAGCUAGUGAUAACAAUGCAUGGAUUCAAGAAACUGGUUCUAUCAACUAUGUCUACAAUUCUUCUUGCACUUCAUCUUCUACCCUUUGUUGUAUCUUCAUCCAACGAAAACCAUCUCAUCAUUCCUCACAAAUACAUCAAACAGGAUUCCGAUAACCACAAGAUGAGUCCACGUUUGAUAUUUGAAAUAAAGAUUCAUGGGAUUCUGUUGUGGGCUUCCAUGGGGUUCUUGAUGCCUCUUGGUGUACUCAUAGUAAGAAUGUUUAACAAAGAAGAUUGCAGCCCCAGAAAGCUUAAAGCUCUCGUAUACAUUCAUGCUAUUCUUCAGAUACUUGCAGUGCUUCUUGCAUUCGCUGGAGCAAUCAUGUCUAUAACGAGCUUUGAAAACUCAUUCAACAACAAUCACCAGAGAAUAGGUCUUGCACUUUAUGCUGCCAUCGUUGUGCAAACCCUUGCAGGGUUUCGAAGGCCUAAGAGGGGGACUAAAGGAAGGACCUUAUGGUACGUUUUCCACUGGAUAUUAGGGACAACAGUCUCACUAGUUGGGAUCGUGAACACCUACACAGGUCUAAAAGCGUAUCACAAGAGAACAUCAAUGAAUGCAAGGGUUUGGAGCAUACUCUUCACUGUUGAGGUCUCUUUCAUGGCUUUCUUCUACCUAUUUCAAGAAAAAUGGGGUUACAUGCAGAAACAAGGAGUAAAAUCAGGUGAUGAACCCGUCAUAGUGAUACCUUCUCAUCAAGUGGAGAAUCAAAAAGAGGUAUUACCACCUCAGCCAUCCAGGAAGAUGCGGGAUGUCAAAACGUUUCGUAGGACCCCGUUUCCGUGUGGUACCCGUCCUGUUUCGGGGAAUUUUUUUAAAAAAUUCGGAGGCGUGGACGGGGGUGGGGACAAGGUUAACACCUGUUUUAGUUUCGGGGGCGAGGGCAGGGAUCAAGUAUUUUGUGCCGGUUUUCUGGAAGAAUUGUCAAUCAAAUCUCAGUUUCUGAAGCUUUUCACAAAUUUCGUCUGUACAACAAUGGAGAACUUUGUCAUGAACACCAUGACUUCAUACUCUCAUCUUCUUGGUUCAUCCAUUAAAAAUCCUAUGUUGAUUCUUGAGUUCAAUGGUCAAUGGGUUGCUCGAAUGUAUGACAAUUUGAAUGUAAUAGCUAAGGAUAGGUGGAAAUGCAUCAUUGGUGAUGUUCUUCCUCCUACUGUUGUACAAAGUGUUGGAAAUGCUGCUAAUAAUCCAGAUGUUGCUGAAUAG